GACAUAGUCGUAUGAAUAAAGUAGAGGAAUGAAAUGAAGGCAUGUAAUUUUGCAAGUUUGUAAAAGAAGGGUUUUCAGAUGUGCCGAAUUUGCAGCUCCUGGGUGCACAGUUGAGCAAUGACUGACCGAUUGACCAUAGAGCAUUAUGUGGGCGAGGCUUUCGUUAAGUGCGGACAGGUCAUUCUGGGCUCGCGCGUCCUUGCUUCCGCUGCCAGAACGCCUGCACAGCAAAGGCCCGCUCGUGACAAGAGAGCUGGAAGAUGGUUCCUGCUGGAGCUGGAUGAGGUGGACUUGAAGGACGUCGGCAGGGACGUGGAGGCGUGGCGCAAGGACAUCUCCAACCCCCUUGUCGUCGAGGUCCACCUGACUCAGCAGGCCGCGGCUUCAGUGGCUGCGGCGGCUGCGGCGGCCGGUACCCGGGCUGGGAGCACGGGCUCGGAUGGCGGCGUGGGGGCGAUUGAGAGCCUUGCCGCGGCCGGCGCUGAUGUGUUGUUGGAGCGCUGGACGCUGGAGUUUGUGCGCGGGCCGCCGCCGGGGAGUGGCAGUGGCAUGGCGGGAGCCGGCGGCGGCAGUGGCGGCACACGCACCUACCUGGAUGAGGCGUCCGUGUACAAGCGCCUGAUCCUGCUGGUGCGCUCGUUGUACAGCUACAGCCGCAUCCUACCCGCCUACAAGCUGUUUCGGGCGGCAAAGCGCAACGUGAGCAGCGAGCAGCAGCAACCGCCCCCGCCGCCCCUCACAUGCCGCGUGCUCAAGUCGCUGACACCGUCGCAGGGCGGGUCAACCAUCGGCGGCGCUGGUCCGGCCGCCUCAGUGGCAGCAGCAGCCUCCUCGCUACAGCCGCGGCUGCAGCAGUUUAUGUUUGCCCCCGUGGACACGCCAGGCGGCACCUUUCGGGUGGCUGUCGCACACAGCGCCGCCGCCGGCGCGCUGGCGGCGGAGGCAGCCGCGGCCUUCAGCUGUGCAGCCGCGGCGUCCGUCCCGCCCUCGGCGCCCUUCACCAUACACGAAAACUACGUGUCUCCUGCCGGCGCUGGCGGGGCGGGCGCCACCGGCACCGGCAGGCCGCCGGCCAGCGCGGCAGUGGCAGUAGCAGGCGGCGGCCGGCAGCAGCAGCACCACCACCAGCACCCCAUGCCCAGCACCAGUGCUCCGUCGGCGUCGGCGGGCAUGGGCAGGUCGGGCGGGCGGCCGUCCACGGGCCAGGGGCACUCGGGGGCGCCACUCGCGGCGGGAGGCUACCCGGGGGCCGCCGGACGCAGCCCUCCAGACUCGCUGCUCCGGGGGAGCCCGGCCCUGCCACCGGGCGCACGUGGGCCGUACCCAGGGGCGGCACCUGGCGCGGCGGGUGCGGGAGGCGGCGGAGGCGGCUCGGCGGCGCCUGCGCAGCCCAUUGUGCGGCAGAGCUGGAGCAGCAAGGAAAUGAAGGUUUCGUUCUCGCUGCCUCCGCCUCUGGGCAGCCCGGGCGGCCCGGGUGUCGGUAUGGGUGGUGCAGGUGGAGGUGAGGGUGGUGGAGGAGGCGGGCAGGCGAUGCUGUUCCGUCGCUCCAGCUCAGGGUAUGGCAGCAACGCCUCCACGCCGCCCAUGCAGUCGCCCAUGCACUCCGGCCGCCUGCCCUCCAACGCAGCGGCAGUAGCAGCCCUGCCCGGCACCUCAGCACCUGCCUCCGCCAGCUACAGCCGGCCGCCUCCGGCCCCCCCACAAGGACCCGCACACGCACCACAGCACCCUCCCCCUCAACAGCACCCGGCCAUUACCACUGCCGGCAGCAGUAGCAGUAGCAUGCAACCGGAAUCAGCGGCGGCGGCAGUAGCAACAGCGGCAGCAGCUGCAGGCGGCGGCGGCGGUGGCAAGCCGCCAGCGGCAGCCUCGGCCUUCGGGACGCCUGCGCUGCAGCAAACGGAUGCUACUGCCGCAACAGGCGAUGUCGCGACAGCGCGGCAGCGGCAGGAGGCGGCGGCGGCGGGGGAGGGCGGCGGCGGCAGCGCUGGCAUGGGCGCGGGCAGCGGCAGCGGCAAUGCGGCGGGGGCGGCCAAGGGCGGCUCUGGCGCCAGCUCGGGUUCGGGGCCCGAGCGGGCGCCCUCCGCGCCUGUCAGCAUCCCGAAAGCCUCCUCACGCACGCGCUCCGUAAACGACCUGCGCGCCCCGGCGGUGUACGGCGGUUUCGAGGUGCACCCCGCAGUCGCCGCCGCCGCCGCCUCCUCCCGCUCUGCCGCCGCCGCGGCCGCCGCCGCCGCAGCGGCAGGCGGUGACGGCGCGGCGUCCGUCGGCGAGGCGGUGGCGGCGGCCGCGGCCGCGGCUGAGGCCCACCACCGUCUGGCGCCCGGCAGCGCUCCCGCAGCGCCGCGUGGCAUGUUGGGUCUUGCUCUGGGGGCGCUGCAGCAACAACAGCAGCAGCAGCAGGCUGGCAAGGCGGCAGGCGGGCGGGGCGCUCCGGGUAGCAGAGCUGGGAGUGGCGACGCUUCCGGCGAGGGCGGCGGCGGCAGCGACGAUGCAGUGGUGGCGGCGGUGGCAGCAGCACUCACCGCCGGCGGCCAGGCAAGCGGCGGCGUUGGCUCUGUGACGUCAGCGGCAGCUGUUGUGACGGGGUCAGGAGCAGCGACAGUGGGGUCCAUGCCGCACACGAGCGGCCGGCCGCCGACGCACCCCAGCCACGCAGUGCCCGGGAGACCGCGACAGAGCUCUGGCGGCGGCGCAGCCGCCACCGGCGCUGCCGGCGCCUUGUCACCCACCAAACCCGACGCUGCCGCCGCCGCCGCCGCCGCCUCGGCCGCCGCCGCCGCCGCCGGGAUCGCCGCCGGCCGUCAGGCGCUCGCCUUGGUUCGUGCCGGCGGCGCCUCCGGCCCCAUCGCGCCCCACCUAGCCGCCGCCGCCGCCGCCGCAGCCGCAGCCGCCGCCAACCCCGGCGCGGUGACCAUCAUCAACCCCUACCACCACUACCACCACCAGCGCCACACCUCGGCGCCGUAUGGCGCCGGCGGCAGCCCCUACGCGCUCGGCUCCGGCGGACUGCCCAUCAGCAGCCCCACCGCCGGCGUGGGUCUGGGCGUGGCGAUGCCGGUGGUGGGCGUGGGCGUGGCGGUGGGCUCGCUGCCCCCGUACGGCAGUCCGCAGCUGCCGUUCGCGUUCACGCCCUCCGCCCAGUCCAUGUCACUAGCCUCCCUGCACCAGGUCAUGGUCCCCCUAGGCUACAUGGGCGGCGGCGGCGGCGGCGGCCACGGCGGCGGCGGCCCCAGCGGCGGCACGCCGCGCUCGCUGGCGGCGGCCGGCGGCGGCGGCCCCUCGGGCGUGGGCCCGGGAGCACUGGUGGUGGGCAGUGGCGGCGGUGGCGGCGGCGGCGGCGGCGGCGCGGUGUCGGGUCGCGACAUCACGUGCCUGGCCACCAUCCGGCGGCCCUCGUGGGGCAGCCGCAGCGGCUCGCUGGACCCCGGGUCCCUGGCCUCCGCCGGGGCACUGGGCGCACACGCAGGCGCGCUCAUCCCGAACCUGCUGCCGCUGCAUGACCUGCUUGACGGGUCCACGCCCUCCACGCCCGGCGGCGCCGCCGCCGGCACGCCGCCGCACGCCCACCGCCACCUCCGCGGCGGCAGCGGCGCCGCCGCAUCUGGCGCCGCCGCCGCCGCCGCCACUGCUGCUGGCGGCGGCUCCAGCGGCAAGCGCGGCGACGGGUCCGAAGGUGCUGGCGGCGGCGGCGACGGCGGCCGCGCGGGCACGGGCAGUGGCGGCGCGGACGGGCCGCCAGGGGCACGGCGUGAGCCGUCCACGUCGUCUGCGAUCUUCAGCUUCAGCCCGCCGUCUGGGCCCACGUCUGGAGCGGUUGCCGCGAUUGGCCGCAGCGUUGGCGGCCGCAGCGGCGGUGUCGGCGGCGGCUCCUCCACUGGCGACUCCGCCGUCGCCACGCCCACCCACCACCGCGCCAGCUCGGGCGGGCGAAUGCUGGACGGCGGCGGCGGCGGCGGUGGUCGUGGCGCGGAUGACGGUGACGGCGGCAGCGCUUCAGGCUCUGCAGCCGCUGGUGACAACGCCGCCGCGGAGGCGGCGGAAGCCAGCAAGUUCGGCGGAGGUGCUGCGGCUGCAGGGCAGGAAGACGUGUCUGCAGACCAGGGCGGCGGCGCCGCUGCCGAGACGUCCGCUGCCGCUGCCGCCGCUGGCAGCGCUACUGCCGCCACCACAGGAGGGGCCGCGGCCGCGGCAGCGGCCGCUGCUGCCGCCUCCCUCCUUGACCAGCACCACCACCAGCAGCAGCAGCACCACCAGCACCACCACCUGGGCGGGCUGGGUCGCGAGGACAGCGAGUCCGACCUGCUGCCGUUCGCGCUGGACUCGGACGGACUGCACAUGCCGCCGCUCAUGACGCACGUGGCGGCGGCGCCAGCCGGAGGCGGCGGCGGGGCGGCUGGCGGCGGUGGCGGCGGCGGCGCUGGCGGGCGCCCUCCGAUGGGCCCCUUCGAGCUGUCGCUUGGCCUCGCUCAGGCGCGGGAGCGGGACGUGGCGGUGGGCGCCUUCGUGCGGCUGAUGACGGAGGCGGCGCCGCUGGCCGCGCCGCACGGCCACCCCUCCGCCAGGGAGUUCACGGGCCGACAGGCGCUGGACGAGCUGGCAGAUCUUCGGGACUGCCUUCGGGCGGCGCUGGCGGCGGCUGCGGCCGAUGGCGACCUGUAGCUUGCGUGCAGCAGCUGAGGUCACGGGCGUGGGAGGCACGUGGGAGGCACGGGAGGUAUGGACAUCGCAGGGGGAGUGGGUGAAGGAGGUAUGUACGUUACACGUGCGGGUGCGGCGAAGCACCUCGGUGUUGUUGUAGUAUUAUGUGGCGGUUUUCAGCCACACAGUGUACCGCUACCCGGAAGGGCUUUUGCUGUAGUACGUGUACGGUAAUCCCUAAUUGUACGAUACGGAGGAAGCCCUCCUGAAAGGGUGUGCUGGCUGAGGCGUGUUGCGCCCGACGUCCGCUCGGGCGUUUGGCUCCAGGCGACGGCGCGGCUUCAUGAUCUGGAUUGCUACGCUUGUACUAAAGACGUUUGAAGGCUGUAAUUUACUCAAGAGAGCGUGAGCUGGUGGGAGGAGUGUGUGUGUUGAGACAGCUGUGGGUCGGCGUGGCGUGUGGGAUGUGGCACGGUGUGUGUGUGUGUGUGGUAGGUGCCGAUAGCAGGUCGCCAUUCACGUGCAGGCUGUUCAAAAUGAGAUGGUGGCUCGUGGCUCAUCGGAGCAUCGUGCCUUCAACAGCCCAUGAACAGUCUAGAAUGUACGGUAAAUUUGC